AUGACAGACCUACAUACCCGCCAUUUCUCCCACAUCGGAGGUAACUCCAGCGAACUCCUCGACCGUCUCGCCGUUUCUGAGCUCUGCAAAGGCUGGCCUGUCUACCGCGAUGCAAGCGAAUGGGCCAACUACCGCUCCCUCUUCAUCAAGGAUGCCUACGUUUGGACCACUUGGAGCGGCGCACAGCCCAUUGACGACUUCAUUCGCAUGUCCAUCGCGGGCAAGUCGUCAGGGGCCUCCAUCAUGCACCGUGAAUGCGGCACUCUUGUUGAGCUGAAACCAGAUACGGGCCGCGCCGUGGGCAAGAUGAAGGCCACCAUUACCCAACGCUUCAAGCACCACGACGGCUACGAGUACGACGUCGACUGUGACUGUCGGUUCCUCUUUUUCUAUGAGAAGACGAAGGGAGAGAGAGGUGAUGGUAUCGAGAGGGAUGAGAAACACUGGAAAGCUGCGUACGUCAAACUUAUAUAUGAAAAGGACAAGAUUGUACCCGUGGAUGGGGCCAGGGCACCAGUCUUCGCGGACGAGGUGCUGGCUAGGUAUCCUGCGGAAUACAGAUACCUCGGAGCUGCGCAGAGUACUUUGGGGUACGAGAUUGAUGCCAAGCUUAUCACGGGAGAGGACGAGAGGGCUUGCAGCAAGAUGUACCAGAGUAUGGAGAGGUGGUUGGAGGGGGAAGAUGGUCCGGUUGGCCUUUUCGAGACUUGA